AACAACGAAUAUGACAACAAAGAAACAUCCAACCUAGAUUAUUGAUUUAUACAACCACUACUCUCAUAUUCCACAAUAUCCAAUCCUAAUGGCUGAUGGAAUCACAGCUUCCUCAAUACUUGCUACCCGGUCGUCAUCCAUACAACUCAAGGACCGGGUGGCAAUUGUCACCGGGGGCUUUGGUGGUAUUGGCCAAGCGGUUGUCACACAUCUUGCUUCUCUUGGAGCCAAGCUCGUAAUUUCAGACCUAGUUACGUCUCAACUCACCCCUGCUCUCUCAUCAACAGGAGCCGUCGUCUUCAAAGCUGAUAUAUCCGACCCAGCCCAAGUCAAAGCACUCUUUGAUUUCGCAGAGACAACUUUCAACACGCCACCUCAUAUUUUAGUCAAUUGCGCCGGUGUAUCUGAUCCUACUUUUGCUACAAUCUCAACCACUUCUCUUGAAAUAUUUGAUCACGUAAUGUCUACAAACACAAAUGGAUCAUUUCUAUGCUGCAGGGAAGCAGCAAACCGGAUGAGACGUGGAAGUGGAGGGAGGAUAAUAUGUGUAACAUCGUCCCAAGUGGGCUUACCUAGUCCAGGAUAUGGUCCAUACACUAUGUCUAAAGCCGCUGUGGAAGUUAUGGUAAAAAUAUUGGCCAAGGAGUUAAAAGGGACCGGGAUCACUGCAAAUUGUGUUGCUCCUGGUCCCAUUGCGACCAAGAUGUUUUUUGCUGGAAAGACAGAGGAGAUGGUCAACGGUGUCAUAAAUUUAAAUCCUUUGAAUAGGCUUGGACAGCCCGAAGAUGUGGCUCCUGUGAUCGGGUUCUUGGCUAGUGAUUCAGGUGAAUGGAUUAACGGUCAGAUCAUUCGUGUCAAUGGUGGUUAUGUUGUUUGACAUGAAAAUCUCAUUUAAACUAUAGAUCUCAACAUUUCAUAUCAGUUUUCAAGUUAAAUGAUUUACAUGGGAAUGUCGCCUAAACUAUUGUUUUCAUUUCAAUAUAAAUAUUACUGUAUGUACUUAUAAACUGCCAAUAUCAUAUGUUAUGUUUAUGUA